GAAGUUCAACCUUGAUCACCAUGGGCGGAGCUCAACCGAGUCUAGACGGGUAUCGACGGAUACCAACAGCAUUGACCUGGCUAAUGAUCGUUUUCACCACCUCAUCCGCAUCACACAAGGCCAUCGCCAUCAGCGCCAUUUAAUCAACUAUCUCGCUGAUCGACUUUCACUCGUCAAGAUGGUUCUCGCUGUCGAUCUUCUCAACCCCACCCCUCAGGCUGAGGGCCGCAAGCACAAGCUGAAGACCCUUGUGCCCCAGCCCCGCUCCUUCUUCAUGGACGUCAAGUGCCCCGGUUGCUUCACCAUCACCACCGUCUUCUCCCACGCCCAGACCGUCGUCAUCUGCGCCGGUUGCUCCACCGUUCUGUGCCAGCCUACCGGUGGUAAGGCCCGUCUCACCGAGGGCUGCUCUUUCCGCCGCAAGUAA